AUGAAUAAUAAAGUAGUGAGCAUCGAUAUGCUGUACUAUAUAUCGAUGGUGGUACAAAAUUGCAAUAUUAUUGAAGAGAUAAAUGGUAGUGUUACUGUGGAAUUAAAUAGUAAUGAAAAUUCGCUUGGUUUGUUGAUAAACACUCAGGAACCAGCUGCAAUUUUUAAAGAUAAUGUUAAUGAAGACUCUGCUGACAAAAGCCAAGCGAAAACCUAUUUAAACUUAUCAACUUUCUACCCGAGAGAAAAUGGCGACGAGGAAAUAAAUUCUAGUGUUGGUGAUGAUAGCAAAGAUAAAGAUUAUAUUGUACCCGACACUUAUAUAGCAAAUAACAUUUUUAGUGACAAUGAAGCUGAGAACUAUCAUGAAAAAGUUGCUGAAAUGGUUGAGGAAACUGAACUGAGUGAGAAAAUUCUCACAAAAAAAGAUCUAGAAAUCCAGAAAAUUGGCACGGAGAUCUGCUCGUUCGGCGCUCUCGUAUCCAAACCCAUUCAACUGUUCAUGUUUUGUGCCGUCUACGGUCCUAGCGCCCUCGUACUACUCGUAUGCUAUGGAUACGUUUAUAUUGUUGCUCGAGGGCAUGCCAGAGCCAUUCGCUCCGAGACACGCCACUCCAGACAAGCAACGCAACGAACCGCCCCGCUAAAUGGCGGCGGCGGCACAACUGGGCCACCACGAUACGGUCUGGCGCUCGCUAUCACCGCUGGCAUGUUUCUAGGCCUUUGGCUGCCCUUUCAGGUGUGCAUGCUUUUGGACGUAUUCUUCGGCACAAAUAUCCUAACAGCCUGGAUAUCCGUCUACCUGGCUCUUCCAAUACUAGCUAGUAGCGCUUUUAAUCCGUGGGUGUAUGGAUACCGUAACUCUGAACUGCGUUGUGCUGUUCGACGAGUUGUCGACGAUCUUCUGUCUGCGUUAGGAUUUACUCAUCGCAGUCAUCAUCGCAAUUCGGAUCCCAUAGUUCACAGCGCUGUAGCUACUGCUGGAGAUGUAGGAUCCUUUAUUAAUCAUGUGCAAAGAGACUGUUUUGAUUGGAAACCAGGUAAAAAAUGUAUGUUGUACAAUAAUUAG